CUUCUCUUCCAGUUGGUGACAUGGCUGUUGCUGUCGUUGCUUCCCAGGAUUCCAUCGUUCAGCCGGAUCCCAUUACCGACCCGGACAACAAAAAAGCUGUCCCUAAGCCUCCACCGCUCGUCAAAUCGCCCUACAGCCCCAAGGAUGCCUUAGACGACAUACCGGGAGUCGCCCAUGCACUUGAUCUCUUCCUUGCGUCCAGAAUGGUAGAAUCAGAAGAAUACUGUGACAAGACUGACCCAAAUAAGGAACGACUCUACAUGUCCACAGCCUAUGGAAUCAUUCAGUGCGUCAAGGCGCUCAUGUCGUAUGCUGAUGACGACAUAUUGGCUGGAAUCAAGCAUACCAAGCAGGGAAAUCACAUUGCUAUCCAGCAUCGGAAGAAGGCUGCAUCGCUGACCUCGCGGCUGGCAGGCUAUGUUGUAACCUCGUUGAACACGACUGGCAUAGGCCUCAUCAAGAGCAUGACCCCGGUGGAACGACAUGCGGAGCUCGUCUAUGCUGAGAGCCUGUUCGAAAAAUCUCUGUUGGGUAUCAUCUACUCUGGUGAUUGGUUGGCGUUCAUUAAAGAAGCACUCAAUAUGAGGACGACAUUCAAUAUAUAUCGUUCCUUGUACAAGUACGUAACUACUAUGGAUGCAGCUUCCCCAACUGGCUAUGAUGAUUCCAUCGAUGCACACUUCCGUUCAGGAGUUUAUCUCGGCACAGGAAUGAGCAGUCUAGUUAUCACCCUAAUGCCCGCUAAAGUCCUCACUGUUGUCGAACUCUUUGGGUACCACGGUGAUCGUACAGAGGCCCUCUCCCUGCUUUGCAAAGCUGGUGGCUGGACUUCAGAUUCCGACGAACCCACCAUCUCCGAGUCCGAGGAAGGCGUUCGUCGGUCAAUAUGCGACAUGUCACUCAUGGUCUUCCACCUAUUCCUUUCCGACUUUACUUUUGAAGGUGUCGACAUUUCUAUGGCAGAAAAGAUCAUUUAUUGGAACGCGAAACGCUACCCAGAUGGCGUGUUCUUCCUUUUUGGCCGCGGUCGCCUCGCCCUGAUAAGGUCACAGCCGAAGGAGGCUAUCGGCUAUUAUACGCGUGCUAUGGAAGUACAGACGCAGUACAGAAAUCUCCAUCACCUCUCGUACUGGGAGAUGGCCGUUGCAAAUCUGGCGUUGUGGGACAUGGCUGCGAGUCUAGAGUGCUGGAAAGUGUUGGAGAAGGAAUCAACGUGGUCUAAAGCAGUUUACACGUAUGGCAUGGCUGUGUGUCUGAUUGAAGGUUCGGCUCAAUCAGAUGAGGCUCGAUCGUGGAUUGAAAAGGUCCCCGACUGCAGGCAAAAGGUUGCGGGAAAAAGUAUACCAGCUGAGAAAUUUGUGGCGAGGAAAGCACGCAAGUUCUUGGAUCAAGGAUGGCUAAUCUUACCUGCAAUGGAGCUAGCUUACAUGUUCUUGGCUCUUUCCCGUGCGCCGGGGGACGUUCUCGUGGAUAAGAUGCUAGUAGCCAUCAAGGAAUGUCUAAAGGUGCUGAACGAGAAGGACAGCUCAUCGAAAGGGUAUUGGGAUGACUGGACGCUAGCCAGAUUCCUCGAAGGAGUUUGUAUGAGAUAUGUUGCGUAUCCGGAUCCCCACGCACUCAUUUUGCCUGGUGCUCCACCUGUGGCGAUAACUCAAGAAGAAGCGGGGGCGGCGUCCAUUGCAGCGUUCGAAGCUGUAUUUGAGAACGGACCCAAAAUUGAAUUGGACCACUACGUGGUGUAUCACGCACAUUAUGAACUGGGAAGAUUGCUGGCAUGCAAGGGUAAUGUCGUUGAGGCGCGAAACCAUUUCGACCUCGUACUUUCUGGCAAAUACCUAGAGGUUGGACCGUCGGGGAGGAAGGGUAGAUAUAGCAUGGAGAGCGCUCUUCAUAUGCGUGCAUACGCCGCUAUGGAUGCGCUGGGCAAGAGGCCGCUAUGA